AUGGCCCUAGAGCUGCUUAGUCUCAUUGCUGCCCUGGUAAUUCGACACCUGCCUGAUGUGCCCAUCCUCUUACGCAUCGGCAUCCACUCGGGUAGGUUCAUUUCUGUGAAUAGUAAUACGGAAUGGUAA